GAGACACAUUUCCCUCGUCCUUCUCACUGUAAUGAUGACGAUAGAGCAGUGCACACUGCAGACAUACCCGACCGAAGACUGCAGCCUAGCUGACAUUGUCUUUAUUGUUCCUGGAUCUGAUGACGUCAGCAUUUCCGAAUUCAAUACUCUGAAAAGAAUAGUCAUGCUCCUACUUAGAGGCAUGCCAGUAGACGAGUCUGAGAUUAGGCUUGGUGUUGUACCAUACGGUUCUGAAGGUGGUACCUCAAUUCCCAUGUCAGGAAAUCGUCUGUUAAUAGGAGAAUCUUUAAUGAACUUGCAGAAAGUUGGAGGAGACAACAAACCUAAGACCGGACUCCAGAAAGCACAGUAUUAUCUGAAAUAUGAGAAACGGUAUGGGGUUCCUCGGGUUGCUGUUUUAUUUUAUAAAGACGUGACAUCAACUGCAAAACAGGAAGCUCAAUAUGCAGCCGACAGUAUGUCUGCUGAUCACAUCAGGGUGAUAUCAGUCGGGAUUGGAUCAAAAGACCUCGAAAAUCUAGCAUGGUCAAAAGAGCAGGCCUACAAUUUCCAUUCAGCUAGGGCUCUCUUAAGUACUGCUAGGGACAUUCCAGAAUAUAUUUGUAAAGCCAUACUUACAUCAAAGCAUGAACCGGAGACUAGUACGCAGAGUAUCACAAAAUCCACUCCAGGCACCCCAAGUCCAACUGAAAUCAACAAAUCACAACAGAGACGAACAAAUGAAAUACAAGAUGACACACAUAUUUGUGACCAGGCAAUAUGGAAGAAGGACGUGGGGUAUGCUCCGGUUUUGGAUAAUGUUGGGCGAUUUGUGAUGUGUUACCGAGGUACAAACAACACCAUCAAAGUGACUUACAAGACUUGUCCUUCUGGUCAGUAUUGGAAUGCUCCUGACGCUCCAUGUGUCCAGUUUUCAAGACUAAACUUACAAUCCGACCCAUGUAAAAAUAAAAGUAGGCAAUAUCAUGCUUAUAAUGGAAUGGGUUGUCGGGAACACUGGCUUUGUAAUAAUGGAAAAUCUGUCCCGCAAUGCUGCCCUCCUCAGACGUCUUAUAGCGAGGAUAGGGGAUGUGAACAGGACCUGUCUUGUACGUCUGAGUGCUCUCUUCCCGCCCCAGAAAAACAAGAAUCAAAUCCAUUCUGUCAACUGAAAGCGAUACCAGGUCGUCCAGACAAGUUUAAACAGGGUACAGUGAAUGGAUCCUGGGAAGUCUUCGAUUGCGCGGAAGGUACCGCCUUCAGAGAAGAAGAUUGUGGGUGUUCUAUAUUCAGAACUUCGCAUUAUAUGGCGAGACAGCUACCGGACUCAGGGACAUGCAGCCCAGAGUUAUACCUGCCGUUUUGUGAUGGAUUUAACGAUUUCUCAGGCAAGGAAACUUAUGUCAGUAAUAUAGGACACGUCCAGAUACGACAAGGGAAGGCAUAUUUUGAUGGGAAAUCCUUUAUCCAUAUACCGCGGUUCUCUGGAGUGGAGUUUGGAAAGGUGGUGGUUAUAAAACUUAAAUAUUCAUACACAGAUGAUGACAAUUACUUUGAAAACGAUCUAGCAAAUGAUGAUGGUAACGACGACGAUGGAGAUGAUGAGUAUGCGCUUAUUUCAAAUGGAAACUGUCGUGGUAGCAAAUGUGAACAAUCCUCUAUUUCUGUAAGUACUAAAGAAGCCGUCAGUAUAUUCAGAAUUAGCAGUACCGAUGAUGACGUCACAAUCGUAUCAGAACAUUCCAGAAGAAAAAGAAGAGACGCAGCCGAUAAAGGAGCAGAUCUCGAUGACGAUGAUAUAGAGCAAGAUCCAUCAGGGGAGGACGCCGAUGAUUCUUUUGUUGAACCAUCAGUGAUAGAUGUGGAAAAUAAACCGCGAUAUCAUGACGGUUUAGGUUUCAACGAUUUCAUUGACAAAAGUACUGGCGUUGAAAAUCCAAUUGAUGUCAGCAUGUAUGAGGGAAUAUAUGAAGUUGAGAUACCGGAUAAUUUACAAAACAUAGAGGUGGACUCUAAAUUCAAAGAAAAUGAUGAUUCAAUAUAUAAUCUACUCCAAAAGACUUCCAAUUACGACAUAAUCAUGGGACCACAUGAUAUCAUAAACAUUGAAAUUCCCACACCGAUUACUCCAUUGGCAGAUAACGCUGAGAAAAUCAGAGAACAAAUUAUUGUGAAAAAUAUAGGAAAUAACAGCAUUGACAAUGAGGAAGUAGGAAAAAUUGACUUAGCAAACACAACAUACGAAAUUAUCACAAGUCCAGCAGUAAAAUCUUUAGAAAAUUUAGGUUUGAAUAAAAGUCCGGUUCCUCGUGAUAUUGCUGAGGACUUAAAUACUUACAAUUAUGAUCUAAUUCUUACCAAUGGAGAUACUGAGAGUAUUACAAGCAUGAUUGAUAAUGUUAAGGAGAUCAGUAAAAAUGAUGGAUAUACAGCUGAUGAUUCUCUUAACAAUGAAAUUGUUAUAACAAAUUAUGUAAAUGAAAAUGAUGCCGUGAGACCGGAUGAUAUAUUGCCGAGUGGUGUAAAAAGCGCAGAUACUGACGAACUAAAUGCAGCAGCAGGACUUCUAACUGUAGCCGUGAAAGACGACGUACACAACGUGGAGAUGAAAGAAGACGUUAAAUCAGACGACAUUCAUGAAAAGGACUCGAAUCGAAACGAAGAUGUGAAUACCUUUGUUGAUCAAGAAAAGGAUAUUGAUCAAAGCAUUAGAGAAAUGGAUUCUGAAUAUAUGGAUGACUCGAUUAAUGUUGUUGAAGUGGAACGAAUGGAUGAUAAGUCUGAAGUAGAAACAGAUGAAACAAUUCAUAGAACUGGAAAUGAAAGAUCGGAGAUAAACGUUGAACCUGUAACUACAGAUUAUAACGGAAAUCACGUGGAGAACUUGAGUGAAGAAGACGAUGUUCAGAAUCAAGAAACGGCCGACAUAGAUGAUAACAAUGUAAAUGAAAAUCAAAUCGAAGUUGAUAAAGAUGCAGAGAGGUCUAUUACUACAAAAACAGAAAAAAGCGAAGAUGCAGAAGACAUCAUAGAUGGAAAACUUAGUUUUCAAACGCAAGAAAGAAACGGCAUUACAGACACAUCCAUUGAGUACACCGGUGAGGCAUCUAAUGAUACGAGUAGCCCGUUGGACGGUGUAGAUAGAGAAAGCAAUGACUUUACCGACAAUAACAUUGAAAAUACCAGUGAAACAUCGCAUGAAAAUAAUAACUUGUUGGAUGAUAUAGACAGGGGAACCAACGACGUUGCUGACUAUUCCAAUGAAUACUCAAAUGAAACAUCUAAUGACAUGAGUAGCAAAGAGGACAGAAAAGAGGUGCCUAUAGAAACCAAGGAUAAUCCACCACAUGAUGGAACAGAUAAAGACGUAACUGUUAUCAAUGAUUUAAAUAUAGAUAGUUCUGUGGAAAAUAAAACAAUUACAGUUAUGAGGCAAGAGGAGGUGGACUUAGCAGAAAUGGUUAAUCUCCACAAAAUUGCUUUGUCAGAGGAGGAAACUGAAAAUGUGGAUAAUAGAGAGAACGAUGACGCUGAAAACAAAUCAAACGAUAUCAAAGAUGAAAUUGAGAUAAAGAAUGAGAAAAAAGAAACGUUAGACAAAAUUGAUGAAGAAAUCGGACAACUUACCCUAAAAAAAGACAACACAAUUACGUCAGAUGAAAACGAUAUUAAAGAAAUUGUAAACAUAGAGAUAAAUAAAAGCCAAAACAAAUCUCUAACAAACGAAACAGUGUCUGGUGCAGAAGAUAACACUGUAAAGAAAGGAAAACAUUCUGUAGAGAAACUAAAGAAAUGGAAGACAGUCACUUUGAAAAUAAAAGACGGUGUUAUUCAAGUAACAAGCAAUGGAAGAAGAGAAAAGGAUCAAUAUUUUAGAGGAAAUAUAAAAACUACUGACAGUGGUAUACAGAUAGGACGUGGUACAGGUCUGAAAAAUUUCAAAGGUUACAUGGACGAGGUUUACAUAUACUUCUGUGAUCCUGAUCAUGUGACACCUGAGGAAAGACACCAACAAAUUUGGAAGGAGAGGAGACUUCGCUCACUAACAGAAAGGAAAAAUGGCGCCAAAUUUGCAGAAGGAUGUGAUUACAUUAAUCCAAAAGCACACGACUGGCUACAAAAUCGAUAAACAUUAACUUUUUUUUUUACCUUAUUCUUCAUUUAUUGUUGUUGUUGUUGUUUGAUUAAAUUUAUAGUUUAUAUCAUU